GUCAUGUUUUGCUAUACGAAUUCACAUAUCAGGACACAUCUGCUUCGCUUCUACAUUAUUGGUUUCUACCUAUGCUGUGCUGCGCCCGCCUCAGGAACGCAAAUGCGAGGGCAUCAUCGCGACGUUUGGGCGUUAACGGGCCCCGUCGCCCACUACGUAGCAUAGCAAGAGCCACUUUAACCACGGAGGACUUGUGCCGGCUGGUCGGGCUGACGCCAGGAGAGGCUGCGGCGGCGCUGUCCGCCUGCCCCGCCCUGGCCGGCGCCCAAGCGCAGGAUCCAGGCCGGGAUCCAGAUGUUGCGGGCCUGGUGGAAUCCAACGCCGGGCUGCUGCUGCGCGGUAAUGGAUCCGGAUCUGGGGCUGGGUUCAGGAUCCACGAGGUGGCGGCGCUGGUGCGGCGGCGGCCGGGGCUGCUGUUGGAGCCGCGGCUGGGCGAGUGGCUGGACUUCCUGACGGGCUACGGCCUGAGCGGACAGGAGGUCUGGAAGGUGCUUGCGUACGGCAGUAGCAGCAGCAGCAGCAGCAGCGGUGCAGGCGACGGCAGUAGCAGCAGUAGCGGCGGCGGCCCCGGCGGCAGUAGCAUCAGCAUCAGCAGCUUUGACGGGCUGAGUGCGGGCGGCAACGUUACGUCGGGCCUGGUGGGGGCGCCGGGGGCGUCGCCGUACGCGGCGGGGGCGGCCAUCGUGUGGCUCAAGUCCUGGGGGUGGACGGACGCUGACGUCACGUCGCGGUUGCUGCCCUGCUACCCGCACGUGCUGGCGGGCGGGGUGGAGCCGCUGCAGGCCGCGGUGGACUCACUGCGGGAACAGAGCUUUGAUGACGAUGCCAUUCGCCGCCUGGUGCUCACCUUCCCCGCGCUGCUGGCGCCACCGCUGUCCGCGCCGCUGCUGGCGCUGCUGGGCCGCAUCCGCACCUCCGCCCACAACAAGUACGUCGUCAGCGGCUCCUACCACGUGUGAGCGAGCUGGAGACACGUGUGUGUGAGAGGCAGAGAAGUACAGAGAGAGGCAGAGAAUGUGCGUGUGUUAUGUGUAUGUUCGAAAGAGAGGACAGAGCGCGAGUGUGUGUACGUGUCGCGUCAUGUGGUUGCACGUGUGAGACAAGUGGGUGUGUUGCUGUGAGACAGGUGGGUGUGGAGAGGAGAGGCCUGUGUAAGGGGGGCGUGGACGUGCCGUACCAACAUGUGCCGCAGGUCGUGCCGCGGGAUGUAAGUUUUUCCAGCUUUGUUUAUUGACGAGUGUUGCGGAACUAAUGUAGGAAAAGGGAAUGAUGAAGAGACAGACUACAGAGAGAGCGUGAGAGCCUAGGGAGAUGACACCGGACAAAGGCCCCAGGUUGUUGGAGGGUGCGGUGUGGAGGACAUGCAUACAGAGGGUUUGAGGAAAUCUCAGGGAUGGGUGGUUGGAGGGUGGCUCAGCAGUGUGUGCGUGGCAGUGGCGCUGCUUUGAUGCGCAAGGGUAUGUGUCAGAGGGCACCGUAUGGGAGGCACGCUGACAAUGACACACCGAAUGCCUGUUUGCGGCUGCAUUGCUGCUAUUUGUUGCAAUUAUUUUGGAAUCCUU